ACAAUGCAAAUGUUAGAUUUUAAUAAUUCAUCUAGCUGGUUAGAAUUUGUUCGUAAUUUAAUAAACGUUAAAGACGUGUGCAGCAAACAUAGCGUAAAAAGUCUGUGCAAGUCUGUGUAAUCGUUUUUACUUUUUCUUCACAUUUUCUUUCAUGACAUAGACGUUCUAGUAACUGACAACUUUAACAAGUGUAUCCCUUGUAACACCUACUAACUCAAAUGCCCGUUAAACUAUACGUAGAUUGGGUUUUCCACUAGAGUUUUCUCCACGGGAAUAAAAAAAUCGUUCUUCGAUUACACCAUUCUAAGUCUUCUCCCGGUCUGGAUAACUUUACUUUGAUUAUUAGUUUAUAGAUAUAUCGGUCUAAUAAAUAUUCGCACGAAAGUGGUCUCUGUACGUGACAGCGUAAUUUGCAUAUCGCGUUGUAAACGUGUGUGAAUACUUAUUAUUAUAAUAUUUCGUAUGCGACGCGCGCUCAGCUCGCACACAAAUACGUAUUUAAAUCACCCAUAAACGAACAAACUAAAAUUUUUCGGAUGACAGUUACACAGCUCUCGAAAUCUAAAUUGAAUAUUAUAUUUUUCUUGAAGAACUUGCGUCGUUUUAAAAUGGUGUAAUAUAAGACGUGUAAUACACUCUAAUAUAGGGUUGUAAAUACAAUUAAAUUGUUAAAUCAGAGUAGUAUCCCCUCCCCACACACAUACAUUACAACACUACUCUUCACCGUCACAUUAAUCACAGCAGUGUUUUACGAGGAAAAAAUUAGUAGGUCUCAUUAUUCUGCCAUAAUUCAGCGUGUUAGAUAAGAUAACAAUAUUAUGUUUUGAGUAAAUACGUUAUAGAAUAAUAAUAAUCCUAUGCAAGGACGCUGUGUAUACCUUAUACGUUGGUAAUUUAUUUUAUUUCUGAAAUAAAAAUCCUAUUGUCGUCACGAAGAGUUAACGGCGCCAGUUAAAGCUACACAAUUAACAUAGAUCCUAAAUUCUGGAUUGAAAAUGGAAAACGAAUGUUGGAAGAAAAGUCAAAACAACCAUUGCGAACGAACAAAGCGAAGAAUGUGAUAUUGUUUAUGGGAGAUGGUAUGUCAUUGACAACAUUGACGGCCGCUCGCAUAUACAAAGGCCAGUUACAAAACACGUCUGGCGAAAGCGAACACCUGAGCUUCGAACAGUUUCCGUUCACCGGAAUAUCAAAGACGUAUUGCGUUGACAAUCAAGUGGCCGAUUCAGCAUGUUCAGCCACGGCAUAUUUGUGCGGCGUCAAGGCAAACAAAGGCACGAUCGGUGUAACGUCUAAAGUUAAGAAAGGAGAUUGUCCAUCAUCGGUCCUCGAAGAGCACCGCGUGACUUCCAUAAUGCAAUGGGCGCAGUGGGCUGGGAAAGCGACUGGCAUCGUGACCACGACCCGAGUAACACACUCAUCCCCAGCAGGCAGUUACUCACAAAUCGCACACCGGGAAUGGGAAUCUGACGUAGAUAUGAUGAAGAUCUCCAAAGGAACAACGAACAUCACUCAGUGUGAAGACAUAGCUAAACAGCUGAUAACAAGAGAACCCGGUAGAAAUUUCAAGGUUAUCAUGGGCGGUGGUCGCGAUAAACUUAUGAAGCAAGGAGUCAAUUCCACGGGAAUAAGAUCGGACGAAGACUUAGUUAUCAGUUGGAAGAACGACAAGCGAACUAGGUUCAGCGAUAAAAUCUCCAAGUACGUGACGACUAGAGAUGAAUUAGCGAAAACAGAUAUGACUCAAACUGAUUUUGUGUUAGGUCUUUUUCAUCGGGAUCACAUGGAUUACAGGUUGAAAUCCAAUGUUGAGACGCAGCCCACGUUACAAGAAAUGACUAGGAACGCUAUUCAACUGCUCCAGAAAGAACCAAACGGUUACGUUCUCUUCGUAGAAGGUGGCCUCAUCGAUAUGGCACAUCAUAAUACGUGGGCGAGAAUCGCACUUGACGAGACGUUAGAAUUGUCCAAAGCUGUGGCGAAUGCUGUGGCAAUGACUAGUGAAGACGACACAUUAAUUGUGGUGACGUCGGACCACGCGCACACCAUGACGAUGGCUGGUUACCCUAAACGAAAUGCGAAUAUUCUCGGCCUGUCGGGAACAAUGGCCAUGGACAACAUGACGUACACCACACUGAGCUACGCCAUCGGCCCGAAAAAAUCCUUCGUAAAUGACAGCACGUCAUGUCAUAGAGUCAAUGUGACCGACGAAGAUUUAAAAAAAAUUGACUAUCAAUAUCCAAGCCUUGUUGAUCAGUCCCGGGAUCCACAUGGAGGCGACGAUGUAAUGGUAUUUGCGAGGGGUCCUAUGUCACAUUUAUUCACCGGAAUCUACGAGCAAAAUCAAAUUGCUUUAGGAAUUGCUAUGGCAGCUGAUAUUUCUACGGAUCCUCCAACUAAUGGCUCCAAUAUCGGUAACGUUGUUCGAUUGCAAUUUGCUGGACAAACAAUUCUUACUAUUAUCACGUUGAUAAGUCUUAUGAGAAUUUUGCAGUACACCUCAUAGAUUUCAAAAAGAAUAUUACAAUAUAUAUAUAUACCAUUAUAACGUCA